AUGGGAGGACAAGCCCCACUGCGGGAACGUCGAGUUCCAUUGGUAUCGCUUGAACAAUUUCUGGGUGCCUUUGCUGCCAAGGGUUCCUCGCUGUUGCUCCCAGCAGUGCAAAUGCUUCGACGGAAAAGCACUUUGAUGGGCCAUUUGCUAUGCCUUGUUGGACAAGUUUCGUCCAAACAGCUUCACAAGUUCGAGAAAGAGUCCAAAGAGAUGGGCAAGGCAUCCUUCUUCUAUGCUUGGGUACUGGAUGAGGGAGAUGAUGAACGCUCGCGAGGCGUCACCAUUGACGUUUGCGUGAAGCAUUUUAGUACCAAGUCCAGGCAGUUUACCAUUUUGGACGCGCCUGGCCAUCGCGACUUCGUUCCCAACAUGGUGCAUGGAGCAGUGCAAGCAGAUGUUGCGAUCUUGGUGGUUGACGUCAGCCAUUUCGAGGCCGGCUUUGACCGUGGAGGACAAACCAAGGAGCACCUGCAGCUGAUCCGUGCAUUGGGCAUCUCCAACGUGGUGGUCGCAGUGAACAAACUGGAUACGUGCGGUUGGGAUCAAAAGGUCUUUGAAGAGACCAAGCGAAGAGUCCACGACUACAUGACGGGCCCGGAAGUCGGCUUCAAGCAGAGCAGCGUGAACUUUGUGCCGCUCAGCGGAUUCUCCGGCGAGAAUAUGCUGGAGAGGAAGGAGCCCAAGCUUUCGUGGUGGACGGGCCCAACGCUCGUUGAGGCAUUGGAUCAGUUGCCACCGCCACCACGGCCCUCCAGCACUGCUCCGUUGAGGUUGGGGUCUGACUUUGAAGUGCUCAAAGUCAUGUCUUGA